UGACUUGACCAUAACUGCUUGUUUUCUCUCACUUCCAGUCGUGUCACUGUUGUGGUCCGUCCUCUGCUUCACUAUCGCUAUCACCACCUUCUGCAUUCAAGGCACCAGCCUAAACAGCGGAAUCAUGCUCGUUACCCUAUUGAGCCUUCUUGCAUUCUUUGCUUUCGUCAAACUGCCCUUUUUCUGGCACAUCUGGAGAAGUCCCCGGCGCAAUGAAAUCGAGAUGGCAGUGAAGGACUUGAUUAAACUUGACACAUGCACACUAGGUCUUUCAUUAUUCCUUCGUGGCACGCCACGAGCAAGGUCAGAUCAGAUCACUCUUUAUACUUACAGGCUAUGCAUAAUCACAUUGGUUAAUUGUAUGCAUGAGUUCGACACCUACACUAACGACCAAGUCCUUUGUAAGGAAGAGAAAACGGAAUACGAGUCCAGGUUCAAUCUAUCAGUAUGAUUUCAUAUGAUCAAAAGCUUUCUCCAGUGUGUACCAUUCACGCAUGAAUGUUUACCGUCGCGUUGCGAUAUUCAAGAAACGGGUAUGGAGCCGCCUAUCAAACAGGCCUCAGAUUAUGAAUG